AAAAUAACGUCAAAGGAGAUGUUAAAACCAGAAGAACAUUCACCUAACGCUCAUCACAGAAAUGACCCCCAUCAGGCCACUGAUAGAACAUUUUUCAUUGAUGCCUCUAGUCAGAGCCUGACUGCCAUUCCGUCCGAGAUCUUGGCAUUGAAAGAAUUAGAAGAAAUCCAUUUAGAAAACAACCAGAUUGAAGAAAUUCCUCCGGAUAUUCAGCAUUUAAAGAAUGUCAAGAUCCUCUACCUGAAUAAGAACAACCUGCGUCGCCUGUGCCCGGAGCUGGGGACCCUAAGCAACUUGGAGGGCCUGGACCUGAGCUCCAACCCCCUGGUGACCUCCUCUCUGCCGGUCAUCAGCUGCCUCCGCACUCUGCGCGAGCUGCGGCUCUACGACACUGGCCUGAAGGACAUUCCCGCUGUGAUGUGCAAAACCCUUCACCACCUCCAGCUGCUCGGACUGACCAAAAACCACCUGCAAUCUCUGCCCAGGGAAAUAGUGAACCAGACCAAACUGAGGGAGAUCUACUUGAAGCAAAACGAAUUCCAAGUCUUCCCGCAGGAGCUCUGCGUUCUCUACAACCUGGAGAUCAUUGACUUGGACGAGAACAAAGUCAAAGUCAUCCCAGAAGAAAUCGGGAAUCUGACGAGGCUGCAGAAGUUCUACGUGGCGUAUAACUGCUUGUCCUUUCUGCCCGAGUUGCUGAGCCAGUGUAGCAAGUUGUCAGUGCUGGAUUUGUCGCACAACCUCCUGCACUCCAUCCCGCGCACGCUGGAGGCGCUCACGGAGAUGACGGAGGUGGGGCUGAGCGGGAACCGCCUGGAGAAGGUGCCGCGCCCGGUCUGCAAGUGGACCUCGCUGCACCUGCUCUACCUGCGCGACACCCGCCUGCACGCGCUGCGCCGAUCGCUCAAGCGGCUGGUCAACCUGCGCUACCUGGACCUCAGCCAGAACCACCUGGACCAAGUGCCCCCACUUCUCUGCACGCUCAAGAACCUGGAAAUCCUGGCGCUGGAUGACAAUAAAAUAGGGCAGUUACCUUCAGAACUGAGCGCACUUUCAAAACUGAAGAUACUUGGAUUAACAGGAAAUGAGUUUGCUUCCUUCCCAGAGGAAGUUUUUGCUUUAGAGUCUCUAGAGAAAUUAUACAUUGGGCAAGACCAGGGAUCCAAGCUUACCUGUGUGCCGGAAAACAUUGGGAAACUGCAGAAUCUGAAAGAGCUGUACAUAGAAAACAAUCAUCUGGAGUACCUACCUGAAUCUUUGGGGUCAAUGCCUAAUCUGGAAGUUCUUGAUUGCAGACACAAUUUGCUUAAGCAACUGCCAGAUACCAUUUGCCAAGCACAAGGUCUGAAAGAGUUGCUACUGGAGGACAACUUGCUCAAGAAAAUCCCAGAGGAUUUGGAUUGCUUGGUGAAGCUUAAAGUUCUGACACUGACUGGCAACCCCAUGGAAGAUCCCCCAAUGAAAGUGUGCGCUGAAGGCAAUGAGGCCAUAUGGGAGUACCUUAAGGAAAAGAAAGCCAUGAAAAGAAUGGCAGUGAAGCUUCAGUCAUGGUGGCGUGGACUCAUGGUAUGGAAAGGACUUGGGAAAUUUGAGGAACUACUAAAAGUACGAAAGAAAGUAAAGACCUCUCUAAAGGACAAGAAAGGAAAGAACCCAGAAAAGGCAAAACAACCUGUGAAGGGAAAGAAGAAGUAA